AUGCGACUAAAGCUCGAUGAAUAUUUGAAAAAAGGGAACAUCCGCAAACUUUCGGACAUUGAGAUGGAAAAACCACCAAAACGAAUCUGGUAUCUCCCUAUAUUUCCCGUGUUUAACCCAAAUAAACCGUCGAAAGUAUGGAUCGUGUGGGACGCAGCUGCAAAAACUAAGGGGAUAUCAUUAAACUCACUACUCUUGAAAGGGCCAGAUCAGUUGACUUCCCUCAUUUCGGUACUUCUGCGGUUUCGCGAGAAUAAGGUGGCCAUUUGCGGCGACAUUAAGGAAAUGUUCCACCAAGUGCUUAUGUCAAAGGAUGAUCAGGAUUGCCAAAGAUUUUUAUGGAAAGAAAAUUCAUCAGACGAGAAACCCAGCACAUACGUCAUGCGGGUUAUGACGUUCGGAGCCAGCUGCUCACCUAGUUGUGCCCAGUACGUAAAAAACUUAAACGCAGAAAACCAUAGAGGGCAGUACCCAGCAGCAGUCAAUGCGAUCAUCAAAAACCAUUAUGUCGAUGACAUGCUGGUAAGUACUGAAACAGAAGAAGAAGCUAUUCUCCUCGCCCGACAAGUUCGGCACGUCCACGCCCAAGCUGGGUUUGAGAUGAGGAACUGGAUUUCAAACUCCGCAGCGGUUCUUUCAGCACUUCAGAACGAGGGAGCAUGCGAAAAAAACUUAAAUCUAGGAUCAGAACUAGCAACCGAAAAGGUUUUAGGGAUGUGGUGGUGUACUGCUACGGACACUCUCACAUAUAAGCUAUCGCCAAAACACGACACAGAACUUCUAUCCGGAAAGCGACGUCCACCCAAAAGGGAAGUUCUUAGUACAUUAAUGGCAAUAUUCGACCCACUCGGACUAGUUUCAAAUCUGCUGAUAUAUUUGAGAGUCCUACUGCAAGAGAUCUGGCGUGCUGGGAUCGAGUGGGACGAUGAAAUUCCGGGUCAUUUGUUCGAAAAAUGGGAGCAUUGGUUAGAAGUACUUCCAACAGUACACAAGGUCCGUAUACCAAGAUGUUACCGCUCCGCUAUAACGAUCAUGCCAGGUACCGUCACUCAACUACACACGUUUGUCGACGCGAGCGAGGUCGGUUAUGCUGCUGUGGUUUAUUUAAAGUUCCAGCAAGAAAACAACAUAGAGUGUGCAAUAGUAGCUGCAAAGUCGAAAGUGGCUCCGCUGAAGUUCGUCUCCAUUCCAAGACUUGAACUCGAGGCGGCAGUUAUUGGAACAAGAUUGGCGAAUACAAUUACAAACAGCUUAUCGUUCGAAGUGGAUGAGCGAUAUUUCUGGACUGAUUCACGCAAUGUGUUAUGCUGGAUUCGAUCAGAUCAUCGUCGGUAUUCUCAACAUGUCGCCUUUCGUGUCAGCGAGAUUCUCGAGACAAGUAACAUAGCUGAUUGGAAGUACGUCAGCACGAAAGAAAACGUAGCUGAUGAGGCGACAAAGUGGUCACGCCGGCCAGAACUAGGAAGCAACAGUCGGUGGGUAAGAGGACCUUCGUGGUUAAGGCAAUCUAAAAAAAAUUGGCCUGAAGAGCCGUUCACUUCAGGCCAUACUCAAGAAGAGCUGCGUUCAACCAUAUACUACCAUCAUUUUGUUCCUAUACCGUCGGUGAACGUUACAAAAUUUUCUAAAUGGAGGCAAUUAGUUCGUGUGGUUGCUACGGUACUUAGGUCCGUUGCGAACUUUCGAUGCGCCAAGAGCAGGAUGAAACACAAGCACGGCCCCCUUACCAGUCAAGAGCUAAACGAAGCUUCGAAUCUUCUUAUUAGGUUUGCUCAAAGCGAAUCAUUUUCAGAGGAAUUCGCCAGUUUAUCUACCGUACCUCCUACUCUUUCGAAAUCAAGCGCACUGUAUAAGCUAAAUCCGUUUCUCGAUGAUCACAAUAUGAUAAGAAUGCAAGGCAGGAUUGGUGCAUGUGAAUACGCAACUAUGGAUGCACGAAAUCCAGUCAUACUCCCGAAAAAUAACUAUAUCAGUAACCUUAUUGUGAAAGACUACCACGAGCGUUAUCAUCAUUGUAAUCACGAGACAGUGGUCAAUGAACUGCGGCAAACUUUCUGGAUCCCUAAGUUACGUGUGCUAUUUAGGAAGGUGAGAUCAGACUGUCAGACCUGUAAAAAUUUAAGAGCAACACCUAAUCCUCCUUUAAUGGGCGAGCUGCCAAAGGAUAGACUCGCGGCGUUCACGAGACCCUUUUCCUUUACCGGCGUGGAUUAUUUCGGACCAUUGACGGUAACGGUAGGUCGUCGAACGGAGAAACGAUGGGGAGUGCUAUUGACGUGCUUAACUACUCGGGCAAUUCACCUAGAGGUAGCCCACACGUUAAACGCCAGCUCGUGUGUGAUGGCCGUCAGGAAUUUCAUGGCGAGGAGAGGCGUGCCAUUGAAAAUCAUUAGCGACCGUGGCACUAACUUUACCGCAACCAACAAGGAGCUCAAAGCGGCAUUAGACGCCAUGGAUCAAGACAAGCUGAUCCAAGAAAUAGUCAGUCCCAAAACAGAAUGGCAGUUCUUGCCCCCAUUAUCCCCCCACAUGGGAGGCUCCUGGGAGCGGUUAGUUCAAACAGUUAAGGCAAACUUGCUUAAAAUCAAACCGCAACGUACCCUCACCGACGAAAUUCUUCAGAACCUUCUAACAGAAAUAGAAAAUCUCAUCAACUCGCGUCCCCUAACGCACGUACCAGCAGAUGACCCCGACGCACCCGUUCUAACGCCGAACCAUUUUCUGCUGGGAUCGUCAAGCGGGCUCAAACCAGCUUCCAACAUUGAUGAUAGCGGCAUCCUGCUGCGGCGCUCCUGGCGUACCUCUCAAGUUGAAGCAAACAUAUUUUGGCGUCGAUGGAUGCGCGAUUACUUACCGGACCUGGUUAAACGUACGAAAUGGCAUGCCGCAGUUGAACCAAUAAAAGAAGAUGACAUCGUUGUUGUGGUUGAUCCGAAGCUUCCACGCAAUUGUUGGCCUAAGGGUCGAGUUAUUGGAGUCAGGAAAGGAAAGGAUGGUCAGGUAAGAGCAGCUACUGUUCAAACACAAUAUGGGCAUUACGAGCGCCCGGCUACUAAGCUAGCAGUCCUGGAUGUUCGACGCGAUACGUUGGUAAGCCAAGAAACUGGCGUACCGGGGGGGACUGUUACGACCCCUCGGUCGGCGCAUCUCACAGCGACGACUUAA